UAUGAUGAAUAAGAAGAACUUUGGUAGAGAGAAAGAACACGUGCCUGACGUUCGAAUGACGAAUGAGGAUCCGAAAGGUUAUGGUCUUGAGAUCGAUGAGAAAACUGUUGAGAUUUAUGAUGAUAAUGUUGUGUAUAAUGA